AUGCUUGCCUCGACGCUGAAACGACCGCUCCCGUCUCUGCUGCUCUCUCGCUCUCCCGCAGCCCACCUCCAGCCGCUCCUCGCCCUCGCCACCUCCGGCCCCACCACCCCAGCACGAGGCCUGGGACGCGUUGCUCGCGGCGUACACCGGUCGGGCGCGCUCUCGCAUACACGGACUGGAGGCGGCGGAGGAGGCGGGGCCGGGACUGGAACGGCGACGAGCCAGGGAGAGUGGAGCGAGCGGAGUAGGGAGGAGAGCGAGAGGAGACGACGCUCGCCCAGGGAGUUGGUGGCGCAUUUGGACCAGUAUGUGGUUGGACAGGAGAAGGCUAAGAAGGUCCUUGCUGUCGCAACAUACAACCAUUACGCUCGACUCGCUCAGCUCUCUUCCCACUCCGACUCGAUUUCAGGCGAGCCCGCCCCUCCGACCGGCGCACAAGUCAUCCCCGCCUUGCGACCCGUCACCGCCGCACCUCUCGCCUCGCUCAUGCACGGCUGGGUCGAGAUCCGACCUUCAGCGAAGCAGUUCAAGGCCUUGAAGGAAUCGUUGAAGCGGGCGGGAGUGGCGAUUGACCUGGGAAAUUUUGAGGGAGACGGAGCGAAGCCGAAGAAGGGGAAGAAGGCGGCGAAGAAGGAGGAGGAGGCCGAAGCUGAGGAGGGAGACGAGCCGAAGGACAAGGCGGUUGCGACGAAGAAGGACGGCGAGGCGGAGGAGGGCGCGGAGGAAGCGAAGCCGGCGAAGUCGACACGGAGACGAAGAACGACAGCGGAGGAAGACGACGACACGGCUCCGUCCAAUCCCAGCCGACGCUUCUACCGAACGGCCGACGACGGUCUCGCCAUCAUCGAGUCGCCGCCCAGCACGCCCCUCACCGACAUCUUCCCCAUCCUCCAGCGACCCUCCAUCUUCGUCAUCAACGAGCAGGACGUGCCUCUCUCUGGACCCGGCCUCACGGAGCUAUCGUCGCGCGUGAUUCCCUGGGAUCCCUCAGAGGACAAGUUGCCGAAGGAGGAAGAUGAGAAGAAGGCGGCCUCGUCCUCGAAGCAGGACCGACCACCCGUCGACGACUUGCCUUCCCCUUCCGACCUCCUCACCGACUUCCUCGGCCAACGUCCCGGCCAACCUCUCCCACCUCGCCCAUCCGCAUCCUCCCAGAAUCCUCUCUUCGAGAAGUCCAACGUUCUCCUCCUGGGCCCGACCGGCUCGGGCAAGUCGCUCCUCGUUCGAACGCUCGCGAAAGUGCUGGACGUCCCGUUUGCGAGCGCCGAGGCGACGAGCAUGACGAGUGCGGGAUACGUGGGCGAGGACGUCGAGAACUGUAUUGCGCGGUUGCUCGAGGCGGCGGAUGGAGAUGUCGAGAAGGCCUCGCGAGGCAUCGUCUUCAUCGACGAGAUUGACAAGAUCUCUUCGUCGAGGGGUCUCUCGAAGGACGUUGGCGGCGAAGGCGUCCAGCAGGCCUUACUGAAGAUGCUGGAGGGCACGAGCAUCAACGUGUCGGAGUACGGCUACAACCCGCCGAAUGCGGGCAUGUUCGGGAUGCGGAGAGGGCCAAUGCGGGAAGCGGUCAUUGUUGACACUACGAACAUCCUCUUCAUCGUCGCUGGAGCUUUCGUCGGCCUCGAGAAAAUCAUCCAGUCCCGCCUCGCAAAGGGCAGCAUCGGUUUCACCAGCCGCAUCGCGCCUACACCCUCUCAAUCCAUUAACUCGCCCGACUCAGCGACCACUUUCUCUCCCUCGAACCCUUCGACUUUCCUGAGCGGCACCAGCGGGAAGGGAGCCGAUGGCAAGCAGCAGGACUUGAGUCACCUGCUCGACCAGUGUGAGCCGGACGACCUGGCUUUGUUUGGCCUCAUCCCCGAGUUCAUCGGGCGCAUCCCGAUUACCGCGGCACUCAAGACGCUUACCGAGGAGGACUUGCUUCGAGUCCUGCAGGAGCCGAAGAACGCUCUCGUCAAGCAAUACACCGAGCUCUUUGCAGCAAGCGGCGUCCAGCUCCUCUUCACGACUCCCGCUCUUCGCGCCGUCGCCGCAUUGGCAGUCAAGAAGCAGACUGGCGCUCGCGGUCUCCGACGAAUCAUGGAGCAAGCCCUGCUCGACAGCAUGUACGAGAUACCGGACUCGUCGAUCAAGUAUUGCCUGAUCACGGCCGACGUCGUGGAAGGGAAGGAACCCGCCAAGUACUACUCGCGCAGCCAGAAACAUAUGUUUGAACUCGACUACACGGCGGAGGAGGAGGCAGGCGAGGAGCCGCAGGGAGGUGUUGCCGAGAAGAAGCGCGCUGCAGCCUAG